AUAACAGGUUUCCGUGUUGGCCGGCCUCGACGGAACAUCGCUACCUACUUCAACCAUAAUCACCACACCGGACUCCGUCCCUAACCGCCACCAUGGGCUGCGGAAUGAGCACAGAGGAGAAGGAGGGAAAGCAGAGAAAUGAGGAGAUUGAGAACCAGCUCAAGCGCGACAAGCUGAUGCAGCGCAACGAGAUCAAGAUGCUGCUCCUCGGAGCCGGAGAGUCUGGAAAGUCGACCAUUCUCAAGCAGAUGAAGCUCAUUCACGAGGGCGGCUACUCGCGCGACGAGCGAGAGUCGUUUAAGGAGAUCAUCUUCAGCAACACGGUCCAGUCGAUGCGCGUCAUCCUAGAGGCCAUGGAGUCGCUCGAGCUCCCGCUUGACGACCAGCGCGCCGAAUAUCACGUCCAGACCAUCUUCAUGCAGCCUGCCCAGAUCGAGGGCGACAGCCUGCCACCAGAGGUUGGCAACGCCAUCUCGGUUCUCUGGAAGGAUGCCGGCGUGCAGCAGUGCUUCCAGCGCUCGCGCGAGUACCAGCUCAACGAUUCGGCCAAAUACUACUUCGACUCGGUUGACCGCAUUGCCGCGCCCGACUACAUCCCCAACGACCAGGAUGUCCUCCGUUCGCGUGUCAAGACGACUGGUAUAACCGAGACGACCUUUAUCAUCGGCGAUCUCACCUACCGCAUGUUCGAUGUUGGUGGCCAGCGAUCAGAACGUAAGAAGUGGAUACACUGCUUUGAGAAUGUCACCACCAUCCUGUUCCUGGUCGCCAUCUCCGAGUACGACCAGCUGCUGUUUGAAGAUGAGACUGUCAACCGUAUGCAAGAAGCCCUUACAUUGUUCGACUCCAUCUGCAACUCGCGGUGGUUUGUCAAGACAUCCAUCAUUCUGUUUCUCAACAAGAUUGAUCGCUUCAAGGAGAAGCUUCCUGUCAGCCCAAUGAAGAACUACUUCCCCGACUACGAGGGUGGCCCAGACUACGCAGCUGCAUGCGACUACAUUCUCAACCGAUUCGUCUCACUCAACCAACAUGAGACGAAGCAAAUCUACACGCACUUUACCUGCGCCACAGAUACUAUGCAAAUCCGAUUCGUCAUGGCUGCAGUAAACGAUAUCAUAAUCCAGGAGAACCUGCGGUUGUGCGGCUUGAUAUAAGCACGAGAACGACUGAGUCUACGAACCUCUUU